AUGCAGAGCACAACCGCCUCGUGGGAAACUAUGUCUGACUCAGCAGCGCGGGCACGAGUACUACGUCUGCGGCAGUCUGCGACGCCGCUGCAAGAUGUCUACGGUGCAUUUUCCCCGUGGCAGCACCUCUCCACCUCUCUUCCUGGGCUCGAUUCUCUCCUCAGUGUGGCCGGUGUGUGUGAAGGUGUGUCUGGCAGCGACGACAGGAGCGGCGUCGAGUCGACUAUUGGUGGCCUCCCUGUCGGUGGUCUUCACGAGCUCUACGGGCCACCCCUAUCCGGCAAGUCAUGGCUGCUUCGGCGUGUCGGUGCGGCCUAUGUGCGGCGCAUGACGGCGUACCGGCAGUGGUACCAUGACGAGUUGGAGCGGGUGUCGAAGAGGGCAGUGGAGGCGACGUUGUUCACGCGUAAGACGGAUAAUGAGGCACGUGCAGCGAAGGAUAAUGAGGACGUGGAUAGUGAGGCGGAGGACGCCCACAUCUGUGCAAACUCAGCUAAUCCCUCACCCAUUACUGCGAUGGAGGAAUGGGACCUGUAUGUGUGCCUGGUGCGCGGUGCCGGUGCAGACAGCAAGACACACGGUCUCACGGCAUCGCCGCCGUCGCCCUCACUGCUGUCACCCGAUGUGCGGAGUUGGCUGAAGGAACUAGUUGCACCCUUUGAUUCCUCUUCAACCCUAGAUAGGCAAGUGGAAUCCAUUGUUACCGGUCCGGUGCACGGGUAUUCAUCCUCGCACCAGCAGCAGCACAGAGACUAUGCCGAGCAGCACAUUCACUUUCGUGUGGUUCACUCCCCCAAUGAGCUUCUGGCCUUCCUCGAGUGCCUCGGUGGUGGUGCAGCAUCAGUGCCAUCCACCAGCACAGUCUUCACAAAUACAACCUACUCCGCCGCUCCUCCUGUGCCUCGUGUAGCGUUGCAGCAGCAACUCUUGCCAUCGCAGUUGGCUCGCGGUUCUUUGACCACAGCAAUGCGAGGGCAGAAGCAGCACCGCUCUCCAGGCACUACGAUGCCUUCUUCCCCAUCCUUUCCCCUCGCUUGCGGCAGCCUUCCACAGUGCACCUGGCGGCUGCAGCGGCAGCGCCUGCUCCUCCUCGACGGCCUCGAUGCCCUCUGGCUGCACCCCAGCCUGGGCAACCACAGCGCCACGCACACAGGCCAGUGGUUUGCCGAAGAACUGCACCGACAGUUGCGGACAGUGCUGUUGCCGCGACUUGGCUACGCUGCCUCAGAUAGCACCCUUCUGACGGCACCAUCCUCCACCGCAGCUGCUGCUCCGAUGUCUCCACACCCCCAGCACGUGCUGUACUCCACCGUGGUUUUCACAAACGGUUGUCAUGGCAGCAGUCGCGGUUUUCUGACGGCGCAGCAACUGGAGGCUCGCUUGGCUGGGCCAGCAGGAGGAGUGGAGGGCUGGGCAGCGACGCUGCCACGGCCCUCGGGGAAUGCGGCGUGGUGUAGGGCAGUCGACACGCGAUGUUUGAUCGAGCCGGCCCACCUGGGGUUGGUGUCCAUCCUAACACCCAGCUUUUCCUAUGUGCGGCCAGCAAUGGCGCCACACGAGUCAAGUGCCGUGUAUCAAAAUGGCCGUCGCAUCACCGGGACCUUUCGUCAGUCUACCGCAAAUUAUCUAGAGUCUCUUGUGACGGUGGUGAAAGGAGGCUCGCGUGUAGCAGCAACGUGGGUACUGCGUAACGCUGCAGACGGCGAGCAAGAAGCUUGA